AUAGUUCAGCGCUUUCGUAUAAGAGCAGCUUUGAGGUAAACAAUAACCACAGUUAAGAUCAUUUCAUGAAGAGGAGAACAUGAAGCUUUAUCUGUAUCAAACCAUCUUUACACUUUUGGUCUGUGAAGGACUCACUAAAGGAGACCAAGUUCUCCGAAUCCAUGCGGAAACUGAGGACCACCUUGAGGUUCUGAAUAAGUUGAAAGGAAACCGGGAGCUGGAUUUCUGGACUGAUGGCAUCUCUACCGCUCUGCCUGUUGAUAUCCGUGUGCCUCACGCCAGUCUCUAUGUUGUUAAAAAAUUCCUCAAUGCAAAUAAGAUCCCUUUCACGGUCAUGAUCAACAAUGUGCAGGAACUUCUGGAUAAGGAGAAAGCAGAGAUGAGGAAAAAUGCAGCGAUGGAGAGCAGUAGCAAGAUCUUCAACUUUACUGUUUAUCACACCCUGGAUGAAAUUUACAGUUGGAUGGAUACUCUUGUUGCGACUCACUCUAAUGUCGUCUCUAAAGUGGAUAUUGGCAAGUCUUAUGAGAACCGGCCCAUGUAUGUGCUCAAGUUUAGCAAAGGUGGAGUGGGAAAACCAGCGAUCUGGAUUGACGCUGGAAUCCACGCCAGAGAGUGGAUUUCCCAUGCAACCGCAGUGUGGAUUGCCAACCAGAUUGCCACAGAUUUUGCAAGUAAUCGUGCCCCUGUGCCUAAAAUCCUGGAUAAAAUGGAUAUCUACAUGCUGAUUGUGGCAAACCCCGAUGGAUACGUCUUCUCCCACACCUCCCCAAAUGAACUUUACCGGUUUUGGCGUAAAAAUCGUUCUGUUACCUCUAACCCCAAAUGUCGUGGCGUUGACCUUAAUCGGAACUGGGACGCUAAAUUUGGGACUCCUGGAGCCAGUGCCGAUCCCUGCGCUGAAGACUACCGCGGCCCUUCUGCUAACUCUGAGAUUGAAGUGCAAAAUAUGGCCAAUUUUUUAGUGAACCAUAACAACUUUAAAUCCUUUAUUACUCUUCACUCAUACAAACAGCUCCUUAUGUAUCCUUACGGUUAUACUGGAACAGACACUCCUGACAAAAGUGAACUUCACAGUGUGGCUCUGUCUGCAGCAAAUGCACUAAAAUCUUGGCAUGGCACUGUCUACCAAGUCGGAAGUAUCUUUAGCACUUUAGAGCAAGCUAGUGGUGCAAGUAUUGACUGGGCUUACAAUCGUGGCAUCAAAUAUUCCUAUGCUUUUGAGCUGCGUGACACUGGAAAAUACGGAUUCCUUUUGCCUCCCGACCAAAUUGUUUCAACUUCAAGAGAGACCUGGCUUGCCAUCAAAUACAUCAUGAACUAUGUUUAUGAUAAACUUUAAGAUAAAUUUACAGAUGUCUUCUAAUAAAAUUCCCAGAAGAUGUGUAUCUGAAAUUCUAAAAAAAUUAUAAGAAUGUUUUUGACAGACAUAAAUAUUAUACAUUUUAGACAAAAAUCUUUAGUUACAUUUACUUACAUUUUAAUAUAAUCUUAAAUGAUGUCAGAAAUAAAUGCAUGCAUUUAAAAGGCUUUUUGUCUGUUGAACUUGUUUUCAAUGUAUUAUUGUAUAGUGCUUUUCACAAUGCUGUUUCAUAGCUGCUUCACAGAAAAUGCAUGUAUAUGUCAGAAAUAAACUUGUUAUUAGUAUAAAUUGUAGUCUUUACAGUAAGCAAAAUAUAAAGGGUAUCACCCCAGUGACAGCUGAGGCUCAUAUUUUGACAAUUUUUCUGACAGUGUACAGUACUAGUAAUAUUUCACAGUAUAAACUAAAGUCAUUUGCCGUGCUCGUCGGGGUUAGGGUGGGUGUCAUCUCCUCAAAGAUGUUGGUUUGACUGUAGUCUUCAUAAGAGGUGUUUUGUGUUCUAAGCGCAUUAUGACCAGUAGGGGGCAACAUUUGCUAAUAAAUUA